AAAAACAAAAUGGUUGCCCUAUAGAAGAAUGUGUUUAUAAUGCAUUUUUAUAUAAAAGUACGUGCGAUGUGGCCUAAUUUCCUGAAUUCCUGAAUUCCUUGAAGCAAACUGACGGAAAAUUUUGGUCAAGAUGAAGAACAGAUUAAUUGUGUAGCAAUGAAUGUGAAUUUAUUGCAUUGGAAAUGCGGGGUGGGAUUGUCGAAUCGCUAGUUUAGCAAACUACGCUUCUUUGCAUUAUGAGGGAGAUGGUAGGAGGUUGUUGUGUUUGUUCUGACGAUAGAGGAUGGUCUGAAAACCCACUUGUUUACUGCGAUGGACAAUCUUGCACUGUUGCUGUUCACCAAGCUUGCUAUGGUAUAGUUACUGUUCCGACUGGCCCGUGGUAUUGUCGUAAAUGCGAAAGCCAAGAGCGUUCCGUUAAAGUGAAAUGCGAAUUGUGUCCCAGCAAACAUGGUGCUCUCAAGCGCACCGACAAUUCGGGCUGGGCCCACGUUGUAUGUGCUCUGUACAUUCCAGAAGUGCGUUUUGGCAAUGUCACCACGAUGGAACCGAUUCAGCUCCAGUUGAUACCCGCUGAACGAUUCAAUAAGACUUGUUAUAUAUGCGAAGAAAAAGGAAAAGCUUCAAGUUCGACUGUAGGUGCGUGUAUGCAAUGCAAUAAAGCUGGUUGCAAGCAGCAGUUUCACGUGACUUGCGCGCAAAGCUUGGGCUUACUUUGCGAGGAAGCAGGAAAUUACUUGGACAACGUCAAGUAUUGCGGCUAUUGUCAGCAUCAUUAUAGUAAAUUGAAAAAGGGAGGUAACGUUAAGACUAUCCCACCUUACAAACCCGUGUCAGCCGAAAACCACCUGUCCGAUUCAAACUCUGAAAAGGAAGGUGAAGGGGCGGUGACAACGAAAUCGUCGACGACGACGUCGUCGUCGUCGUCGUCACAACUGUCUUCGAGCAAACGGAAAACUGGUUCAAGCAGCAAAAGCUCCUCAUCCAAGACGAGCUCGAGCACGAAAAGCUCGUCGAGUUCGUCGCAUCAGAAAACCGUCCAUAACUCCAGUAGUAAAAGCUCAGAUAAACUGAAGGUUUCUAGUUCGAGUGUUAGAAGCAGUGCCAAAAGUGCGGAAGACAGUGGUGUUAGUGUCGAUACGCCUAUCGCGGACAGUAAAACUGAAACGAGAGACAGUAAAGUAGAUAUAGAUCAUAAUAAAACGGACGUUAAGGAUUCUAAGAGUUCGAAAAAACGUAAGAAUAAUUCGAGGACGCCUACGCCGGUUGGUUUAGUGUCCAGUGAAACAGUUGGUAUUUCUGCUACGACGGCUACCGUCGUGGCAGACAGUUUAGUAGGAGUGGCUUCAGCAAGUGAAAAGAAGGGAGGGGUGGGUGAGAGCAUCGAGAAGCAGAAAAAGAUCAAAGUGGAGACUACACAGUCUAUUCUAACAAAUCAGCCGAUCGUUGCCUUAACUUCAAUAUCAACGAUUAAAACCAUAUCGCUCGCAUCGACGACAUCCACGUUAACCGAUAGUAUCGGUUUGGAAACGGCCCCUUCUCCUUCUCUACCCCCACAAUCUAUAAUCCAACAAGGAAUACCACAUACUGUUAAUUCGUUGGUUGUUUCGGUACCACUCACGAGUACUAAUCUGAGUCCACACCCGCCAAUCUUAAAUAACCAAACGAACGUCGUAACGUCAGCGCCACCACUCAUACUUCCCGAAAGAGGUGUAAGUAGUCCUGAACGAACAUCCAAUACCGCAUCAGUUGUCAUGACUGGAGGCAAUAGUAACCAAGGAAGUUCUAUAAUUUCUUCAGAAAUGAGUGGAGGCGGGUUGAAAAUCUCGUAUGAGAAGCAGGAUGCUGUCACUACGGAGGUGGAUAUGGAGCUGGAGGUUUCACCGUCGAAUCAGGAUGUAGGAAAUAAAAGAUCUCAUUCUACAGAGAAAUCGGAAAAAAGUGGACGCGGAAAGAAGAGGAGUUCUGGGGGCGCAAAUGGAAUUAUUAACCAAUUAAACAAUACUUCCAUAUCUUCAUCGUCAUCGUCGACGACGAAACGUUCAAGUAGAUCUCAAAGCUCGGCAACACCACCACAACAAGGUGCUUUUUCAAGUAUAAGUCAAUCACAAAUAAAAGAUUCACCACCAAGUAGUCCCAGUUCUGAAAGUCAAAGUGCCGCCCCGUCGCAGAGUGGCCGCGGAAGAUCGAAAACGAGGAAAAGUGCCCCGUCGGCUCUCGCUAGGCCACAGUCACCGAAGGAUACAAAAGACGUUAAGUUAUUUCAAAAUGGUGUCACAGCGCCUCACAUGUUGGGCAAUCAGUUAAAUCCUAACUCCAAUAUGGCUCAGAAAAUGUCAGACCAUUUGAAUUCAGAACUGGAGGCACACAGCAUAUUCACUCCAAAUGACAACGCCAAUAUGGUUGGACCUCAACUACAUCAUAGGGUUAUUGCUUCGGCAAGGGCAAGUAGUACAGGCGGUUCAAGUACAGCAUCGGCAGGGAGUGGUUUCUCUACCAUGUUAGGAGGUGGUAGUGGAAACAUACCUCAAACUCUUGACCAGCUGCUCGAAAGGCAAUGGGAACAAGGGUCGCAAUUUUUGAUGGAGCAAGCUCAGCAUUUUGACAUUGCAUCAUUGCUGUCGUGCUUGCAUCAACUGCGAGCAGAGAAUUUACGGUUAGAAGAACAUGUGAGUUCGUUGCUUCAACGAAGAGAUCAUUUAUUAGCUGUCAAUGCUAGGUUGGCUAUACCGUUGACCGGUCAGCCGGCCACUCCUCAGUCUUCCCAUUCCCACACGGUGAAUAAUAUUCAUCCUGCUGUGGGAGCGAGCCACGGUGAUGUGCCAAGAUCAUCAACACGACAUAGCGGCAACGGAACGAGUUAUCCCGCACAUCCGCAGGGCUCUCAACAUCCGAACGCUACCCCCGUCGUCGAAAACGGUUUGCCUUCCGACCCUGCACAGCAAUACCCACAUUCCCACCGCAGCCCGGCAACGAGUCAGUCUCAGCAGAGUCCUUCAAUUAGACAUUCGCCGGCUGGUUCAGGGUAUCCCAAUAGUGGUCUGCUGCGUCAAAGUGCAGACACUAGCGGACGCUCUGCGCCUAGACCUCAACCGUAUCCGUUAUAUCAGGGUCAGGGCCCGGGGCCUUCGUCGCAACAACAGAUGGUAAUACGAAGAGAUUCGGAUGUAUAUCAUCAGUCGUCAUCGAAACCUAGCUGAGAGUAUGUGGAUCCAUCUUUCAGCAUAACAAGGCUUCUAGACUUGCAUUGACAAAUCAUUGAUUGUUGGUUGCCCUCGAAUCAUUGUACUUUAUGAAGAAAUGUUUUUCUUGAUAGAUUUUUAUGAAAAAGGAAAGAAAUCUAACGAAUAGUAGGUUUUGCAGAAUAUCAUUGAAUUAUAUAAUUUAUCACGAGAUCGUGAAUUUUUAUUUGUACUUAAGGUGACCACUGACAUGUGUUCUUGGUAUACUUGGAUUAAUACAAGUAGUUUUUUUCUCAGUGUCACCAACAGAUAAAUAAUUGACAGUGCUAUUAUCAAGUGUUUAAAACCAAAAUAAAUAAUAAUUUUAUUACUACGUUUAUUUUAAUUUGUCAACAUAAAACAAUUUGGUGAGUAUUAGUAUUUGCUUACUUAGAUUCAUUUAGAAAAAAAGUAGUUCUGGUAGCGAUAUUUUCACCUAUUUAUUUUAUCAUCCAAACUUAGUAAGGUACUACGUUUGUUUUAAUUUGUCAACAUAUUCUUAAUAAGAUGUUAAUUAAUGUUGUGUGUAAUUGUGGAAAAAAAUUCUGUAUGUGUGUUAGAGAAGAAAAGACGCUGAUGCAUGAGAUGCAAAUACGUUAUAGACUUACAUUUUUUUUGUAAGAAAAGGUAGUUGUAUUAGAGUGGCCAUUAACACAUGUCAGGAGAACCCAAGAUCGAACUUGUCUGAAAACUGAUACAGUACAGUAUAGAUUAUUCAAUCAAAGAUGCCGUAAUUAAGAUACAUUUGUGAUCUUCUAACACUUAUUUUAUUCUCUUUUUACAAAAAAGAUAUUAAAAUUUGUCAACGACUUGUUAACUGUCUCCAUAUUUGGAAAAAAAUCGUGUAAAAUUUUAUUUUCCUCGUUGAAGUACUAUUAAGUUUUAAGUGUUAAUUAUUCUGUUAUAAAUGUCAGAUAAAAAGCUUUAAAAUUGAUCAUAUUAACAUUGUGUUCUGUUUGAGUGAGUAUGGAACGUAUUUCCGUAGUUUUUAAGUAGGCUAUUUUAUAUUUACAAUUUUUAUUGAUAAUUGUAGACUUAAUUAAUAUCACUGCCACUGCAAUAUGCUCAAUUACGUUUCUAUUAAGUCUAGUCACAUUUUCCAACAGUGAGAACUCGAUAUGGAUUGAGAAUAAAGUUGUUGACAUAAAGACGAUUAAGUUAUUGAGAUGCAUGCACAAUUUUCAGAAGUAAAAAUGCGCGGAACCGGUUACAAUACAGAAAGCUACGAAAUGUACAAUGCUAGAGUGAAAUUGUAUAGUUUUAGUUCAUACUCAGGGAUAUUACUAUAAACUUAACUUUUGGUUUUAUUGCAACGCCUUUCAGUUAAUUCAUUUGAAAGUCUUAUACAAUUAGUUUCAAAAUACGCAUUUUUAUGCCAGUAAUAAUGCCAUAUUAGUUGAUUGUAAAUAAUAAUCAUAGGUUAAUUUAGGAUUUUAUUCUGUAUAUUUGUUAGUUUAGUACAGGUUAAUUCUUUUUAUUUUGUAAAAACACUCGUCUAAAUAGUAAUAGUUUUGUAACAACAUAAAACAAAACGAAAAUGUGAAUAUCCCUAUUUUUUGCAGAUAUUUUUGGGAUUUUUUGUACUUUUAUAAAUAAGAUUUUAGGAAGUAAUCUUAGACGAAUUAUGUACGUGAAUGUUGUCUGUAUAUUUUGUAAUAUUUAAUUUUGUUUUUUGUUAUGUAAGAUAUAGACUUCGUAGAAGAAAAA